CACCGAUCAGUCACUCUCCGCUGGUGCUCCGACCCUGAGAAACACCAUCCAGUCAUUACAUCGCCCGUGAUUCUGCUAUGCGCAUCGGACGAGGAGACGCCACUUGCGCUUUGGUUUUGGAUUGGUGUUAAAUCUUUUACUGUGCAUCACUGGACAGGAUGGAGCAUUGGAGACAAUGUGCGUUAUGGCUGAUCAAUUGUAAGGUGCUGCCACCGAACCAUCGGGUGACAUGGGAGUCCGCUCAGGUGUUCGACCUGGCGCAGACCCUGCGGGAUGGGGUCCUCCUGUGCCAGCUCCUCAACAACCUGAGACCCCAGUCACUCAACCUGAGGGAGAUCAACCUGAGACCUCAGAUGUCACAGUUUCUCUGCUUGAAGAACAUCAGGACAUUUUUGCAUGCCUGCUCAGAGAUAUUCGGCAUGAAGAAGAGCGAGCUGUUUGAGGCUUUCGAUUUGUUUGACGUUCGAGAUUUCGGAAAGGUUAUGGACACACUGUCCAAACUCUCUCAUACACACAUUGCACAGCAGACUGGAAUAAGGGCAUUUCCCACAGAAGAGAGUGUUGAGGAUGAGGACAUUUAUAACCAUCUAGAGGAUCUGAUAGAUGAGAAUGGCGUUGAAGAUGAAGAAGAUCUCUAUGACUGUGUGUACGAUGAUGAUGAGGGAGGAGAGGUGUAUGAAGACCUGAUGAAGGUUGAGCUGGUACAACCGCAGAAACAGGCCGAGACGGACAUCCGAAGCUGUUGUCUGAUGGAAAUCAAACAGACUGAGGAGAAAUACACAGAGACGCUGGACUCCAUAGAGAAAUUCUUUAUGAAGCCUCUGGGACAGUCACUGUCCAGUGUGGAGAUCGAAAAAGUGUUCAUCAAUAUACCAGACCUUGUGAAAGUGCACACGAGUCUUCUGAGGGAAGUCCAGGAUUCAGUGCUCAUGCAUAAUGCCAGUAACCUGUAUCAGAUCUUUAUAAAAUACAAAGAAAGAUUAGUCCUGUAUGGGAAGUACUGCAGUCAAGUAGAAUCAGCCAUUGCGUGUUUGGAUGACAUCUGUAAGAACAGAGAGGACGUCAGGCAGAUGUUAGAGUUAUUUUCCAAGCGAGCCAAUAACGGGAAGUUUACUCUGAGAGAUCUGCUGGUGGUUCCGAUGCAGAGAGUUCUGAAGUAUCAUCUGCUUCUACAGGAACUGGUGAAACACACCCAUGAUGCCACAGACAAGAGUAAUUUACGGCAAGCGCUGGACGCCAUGAAGGAUCUGGCUCAGUAUGUCAACGAGGUGAAGAGAGACAUCGAGACUCUACGAGACAUCGACCAGUACCAGAAAUCUAUAGAAAACCUUAAUCAGUCUCUCCGUAACUAUGGGAGACCAAAAGGUGACAGCGAAGUGCGAGUAGCUUCAGUCGACAAACGAGCCAAACAAGACAGGCACAUCUUCCUGUUUGAUGCCGCCGUGAUCGUAUGCAAACGACGAGGAGAUAACUACGAGAUGAAGGAGGUGAUUGACCUCCACUCCUUCAAGAUCACCAACAACCCUACCUCAGAAAGAGAAAACCGAAAGUGGUAUCACGGAUUCUACCUCACACACAAUCAGGGUCAAAACGGCUUUGAGUUCUUCUUUAAAACCAAGGAACUCAAGAAGAAAUGGCUGGAGCAGUUUGGCAUGGCAUUAUCGAACAUCUGUCCAGAGAGCGGGAAAAGUAAUUUCCAUGAGUUCCGCAUGCACACUUUUGAGACGACCACAUCCUGCAGCUCGUGUGAAAUGCUGCUGAGAGGAGUCUUCUAUCAAGGGUACCGCUGCUCCAAAUGUGGUGCUGGCGCCCAUAAGGAGUGUCUUGGUAGGGUGGACGUCUGUGUCAAAAGCAGUGCCGAUUCCAGCUCUUUCGGAUCUCAGAUUGGAAAAACACCCUGUCAUGGAGGAGACGCAGGUCUACCUAAGAUGCAAGUCAUCCGUAAUUAUUACGGGGUUCCGAGCCCCCUGUGCAGCCCACCGCUUAACAUACAGGUUGGUGACAUCAUUGAGGUGAUAGAGGCAAACGUCCGUAGCUGUUGGUGGAAGGGUAAAAUCCUGGCAACUAAGGAGGUUGGCUUCUUUCCAAGCGACGCAGUGAAGCCUUGCCCAUGUGUACCAAAACCUGUUGACUACUCUUCUCAGCCUUGGUUCGCAGGCCCAAUGGAGAGGCUUCAGGCAGAGGCCGCGCUGCUCAACAGGAGGAGCAGCACAUACCUGGUCCGUCACAGAAGCCGAGAGUUUAACGAAUAUGCCAUCAGCAUCAAGUACAACAACGACGUGAAACACAUCAAGAUCUUAGCAAAGGAGGGAUUCUUCUACAUUGCAGAAAACAGGAAGUUCAGAAGCAUUUUAGAGCUGAUCGAGUAUUACUUAGCAUUUGUUUACAAUCUGCUCUGUUUGCUUGCAAAUGCUGCAUUUGAAUUAAACAUGCUUUUUCUUUUGCUUUUCUUCUCUUUACCCUUGCCGCACCCCUACCUCACUCCGCCUCACCCCACCACGCCCAUGCCUCCGCCCACCUCAGCCCCGCUGCUCUGCGGGCUGUCUUUUCUAACUCCCGCUGGCUACAGCUUUGUCCCCCCCUCUACCGCCCCAUUCUGGUCAGUGUUUACUCCUAAGGUGAUGGGUGUGGCGAUCGCCCGCUACGACUUCAGCUCUCGGGACACGCGGGAACUGUCUCUGCAGGAGGGUGAUGUGGUGAAGAUCUACAGCAAAACUGGAGCCAAUGGCUGGUGGAGGGGUGAAGUCAAUGGACGGGUGGGCUGGUUCCCCUCCACGUACGUAGAAGAAGGCGAGGAGUGAACGGCUCAGCGAUUGCUCACAAGAGAAAGGAAACGGAGCGAAAAAAGCUCACGGACUGAGUCAGAAAUAGGGCAAGCGAUUGGCCGGAGCUCCUGCUCUCUCUGUGUCUUGUUUGUCGAUCCUGGAGGACGUGCAUGGUGUUUGAUAGGUGAAGAACUGUCUCUCAGGGAGCAGAUUAUCAAACACAACCCCAGACCGCAUCUUCAAAGACCCUUCCGGGCGCCUGGAUGGAGCGUCACGGUUGAGAUGGAACGCACUGAAUCAGACUGAGGUUACGCCGUGAGCUAUUUCUGUGUGUGCGUGUGGCAGUUUGUCUGCUCAUGGGAAAACAUGCUUGUCCUGACCUUGCCUGAGUCCUCCUUACCUGCACUAUUAUUGAUGAUGCCCCCCUCCCCGUGUCUGCACUGCCCCGGAGGUGUUCUCACACACGGCCCACAAUCCCACCCAGCUAUUCAUCUCCGAUUAAGAUCAUAGCUCCCUGCCAUGUAGGCUGCGGUAAUUGAUUGCUGUCUCUUCCCUGUUUCUAUCCUACAAAAAUCUCUCUUAUUUUCAGAUUUCCACUUAAAAGGAAGGACCGGUUGUUUUGUGCGUCACGCACUUAUCUCCAGAGAUAUAUUGUGGGCUUGUCAUGCCCUGUUUAUCUGAUUUACAUGGUACCACAUCGUCAGGGAGACGCGCAGCAAGACGUUGACAGGAAACAAAAGGGAUCGUGGUGACAGGCCAGUAAAACAGCUUUUUCAGCAGGGGCCCACGGCCCCAAAAGCAUUGUGUCACCCCAUCCAGAAAGGAUCCUGCUAGAUAGCGCAGACAGUGCCUUCUCAAUCAACUAAUGAGGGGGAUUUAAAAACAACUAAAAAACAAUGAGUGAGAUAAUUCUGUUUGAGUGGAUCAGAAACCAAAUGUCUCUGAUGAUGUGCAAACUAGUGGUCGACCAAUAUGGGUCUGUGUCCGAUAUCAAAAUUGCAGGGUGACCAAUAUUGUGCUAAUAUAAUAUUAUAAUAUUACGUAUAAAAAUGUUGUGAUAUUGAUCAUUAAAAUUAAAUGCUUUUUUCUAUUCAAAAUCCACUUAAAUUAAGGGUAAUUGACAUAAGACGAAUAUAUAAAUACAGAGUUCUGGCAUGAAACUCUAGAU